AUGCUGCUGCCGUAUUAUCGCCCACCGUCCACAGCUGCCAUCGCGGUGGCGGCUGUGGAGCACUUGCCUUACGCCUCCUGCUGUGGUUCCCGUUGCAGCACACUCCACGCGCCCCCAGAUGAUUUAAUUAUGACUCAGGCCCAUGCGCUCGCUCAGGUCGAGUUUCCAGACGGGGUGAAGCGGCGAGGCGGACUCUGGUUUCAACACGGUGACCAAACACUCCGUCCCCGGGUCUGGAGAGGGUGGAGUGUCAUUAUCUGUAGAAAUGUCCUGGAUGUGGAGCAGCUGUGUCUGGAGCGGCUGUGUCUGGAGCGGCUGUGUCUGGAGCGGCUCUGUCUGGAGCGGCUCUGUCUGGAGCAGCUGUGUCUGGACCGGCUGUGUCUGGAGCGGCUCUGUCUGGAGCGGCUCUGUCUGGAGCAGCUGUGUCUGGAGCGGCUGUGUCUGGAGCGGCUAUCUGUCAGCACCAGCGGGUCUUCACUCCGAUCACCUCAGCUGUCAGCACCAGCGGGUCUUCACUCCAAUUACCUCAGCUGUCAGCACCAGCGGGUCUUCACUCCAAUCAACUCAGCUGUCAGCACCAGCGGGUCUUCACUCCAAUCACCUCAGCUGUCAGCACCAGCGGAUCUUCACUCCAAUCACCUCAGCUGUCAGCACCAGCAGGUUUUCACUCCAAUCACCUCAUCUGUCAGUACCGGCGGGUCUUCACUCCAAUCACCUCAGCUGUCAGCACCAGCGGGCCUUCACUCCAAUCACCUCAGCUGUCAGCACCAGCGGGUCUUCACUCCAAUCGCCUCAGCUGUCAGCACCAGCGGGCUUCAUUCCAAUCACCUCAGCUGUCAGCACCAGCUGAUCUUCACUCCAAUCACCUCAGCUGUCAGCACCAGCGGGUCUUCACUCCAAUCACCUCAGCUGUCAGCACCAGCGGGUCUUCACUCCAAUCACCUCAGCUGUCAGCACCAGCGGGUCUUCACUCCAAUCACCUCAGCUGUCCGCACCAGCGGGUCUUCACUCCAAUCACCUCAGCUGUCAGCACAAGCAGGGCUUCACUCCAAUCGCCUCAGCUGUCAGCACCAGCAGGUCUUCACUCAAAUCACCUCAGCUGUCAGCACCAAAACACUGCUCUCUGACCGUGCUGUAGGUUUUCACUCUGCAGUCUCUGUAGAGGUUUAG